ACCCUCUAGGGAUGAGCCUAGAGUGUUUGGCGUUGACAAGUUCAACGGUGACAACUUUGCUGAGUGGUCCUUCAAGAUGGAGAACAUCUUUGACCACUAUGAUCUGCUGGAGGUGAUGGAAGGAAUGGAGAAGCGCCCCGAGAACGACCCAGAGAAGAGCCCGUGGCGAGCAGAGGUGAAAGGCAUGGGCAAGGCCAUGUUCAAGGGUGCUGAUGGGAAGAUGGUGGGCCUCAAGAACGUGCUUUUGGUGCCCAACCUAACAGCCAACCUGAUUUCCCUUGGAGCUGCUGGAGCAGAGUACUUCCUCACCAUUGUGGACGUCUACACUCGCAUGACUUGGGUGUAUGUACUGCCCAAGAAGAGUGACGUAGCUGAAACGGUGAAGACCGAUUGGUUGCCGAUGGUGGAGCGGCAACAAGACCGACUUCUUGAUGCCAAGGCAACAUGGGCCGUGCACCUGGGCAUGGCUCAAAACAGCAAAGGAUGGCUUUUUUGGUUCCCAUUUACCAAGAAGUUCCUGGCGAUUUCUUCCAAGUGGCUCUUCAAGCGCAAGACCGACGCCGACGGCAACAUUGAGCGCUACAAGAGCAGACUUGUAGCCAAGGGGUAUCAGCAGCAAGAGAAGAAGGACUUCAAUGAAGUGUAUGCUCCUGUGGUGAAGGGUACAACCCUUCGAACUCUCUUCGCCGCGGCGGCCAUCAAAGGAUGGGUGGUGAAGCAAAUGGACAUUGUAACGGCCUUUCUUAACGGCGUUUUGGAGGAAGAGACCUACAUGGAGCAGCCAGAGGGGUACAAUGAUGGGAGGUUCAAGUGUGUGAAAGGACCAGCGGAGGAAAGUGUUGGUGAAGAGGAUAGGCGGCGUUUUCACUCCUUGGUGGGCAGCCUCAUGUAUGCGGCCGUUCACACAAGGCCGGAUGCAGCCUUUGCUACCGGGCAGCUGGCUAGGGUUGUCCAAUGCCCUAAUGAAGAGCAGGUAGCAGCUGGAGAGAGGGUGGCCAAGUACCUUGGCCAAACAGCAACUGUUGGACUGCAAUACUUCGCGGCGGCACAAAGGCGUCAAAAGGGUGCGGAUGGAGUCGAACCCGGGAGGCUCUUUCUCACCGCCUUCUCUGAUGCAUCUUGGGCAUCAGAACCAGAGGAUAUGACAAGUGUGGGAGGCUUCAUCUGCUGUGUUGGUGGAGGCCCAACAGCUUGGGAGAGCAAGAAGCAAGUGGACCAAGCAUUGAGCUCGGUGGAGUCCGAGUACAUGGCACUCUUCCGUGCCAUAAGGGAGGUUGUGUGGCAGCGGCGUUUGCUAGCUGAAUUGGGGGAGGAGCAGCAAGGACCUACCCCACUCUAUUGUGAUAGCCAGGGUGCUAUUGCAUUGGCUAAGAAUCCGGUUCUUCAUGGCCUUACCAAGCACAUGAAGGUGAAGUGGCAUUGGGUGAGGAGCAUGGUAACCUCGGGUGAAGUGGAGUUGCACUACGUGAAGACGACGGCACAGCCUGCUGAUAUGAUGACCAAGAGGCUGGUUGAGCAGCAGCAUUGGAAGUGUUGCAAGCUUGCUGGGAUGGCUCUGAACUAAGGGGAGCAAAUUCUAAGGCCAACAAUCCGAGGGGGAGUUUGUUGGUGCAACCCUAUGGCUUGCACUCGGCUUGUCGUCCUUGUUUGUGUGUGUGCAUGCAUGGCAUGGAAUGAAUUGUGAGUCUAUGCCAUUGCUAUCUAGUACUUGUGUGUGUGUUUGAAUGGUGUAUCA